ACGCUCCAGCCAUCCCCGCGCGAGGCGGCUUCUUCUGCGCGUGUGUGCCCUCCAAGACCUCACGGUGGUGACCCCGCGCGGGGGUGAGGCCCGAGAGGUUAAGCCCCUCACCUGGCUGGCCUUGGUCGGGGCUGGAGGUGCGCCGUGCAGAGGAAGAUGGCGCGGAUCUCUGCCUUCACCCAAGGGUUACAGAAAACGACCAAGUCCCAGACACCAGUAACAUUCAAGGACGUGGCUGUCGAUUUCACCCAGGAGGAGUGGCAGUAUCUGGACCCUCCCCAGAGGGAUCUGUACUGGGACGUGAUGCUGGAGAACUAUAUCAACCUCAUCUCAGUGGGAUAUAAAACCACCAAGCCUGCUGUGAUCUACAAAUUGGAACAAGGAGAAGAACCAUGGAUGGUGGAGAGAGAAAUCUCAAGUUGGAGAUACCCAGAAAAAGUCUGGCAAGUUGAUGACCACAUGGAGAGGCACCAAGAGAACCAAGGAACACUUUUCAGCUUGCAGGAUCUUCGUUCCCCAACCAGAGAUUGAACCCAGGCCAUGGCAGUGAAAGUACAGAGUCCUAACCACUGGACCACCAGGGAAUUCCCUAUUUUUUUUCUUUUAACAAAGUAUGAUUUGUAACAAAACAUAGGGCAUCCUAAAUAAGAAUUCUAAAGUAUAAAAUAAACUUUUUUCCUGUUGUUUGUUGGCAUAUAUAAAAGACUCCUGCUACUUCUUGAUCAGUGAUAAGAGUAUGUAAAUGUAUUGUUAUUUACAUAAAGUAUAUAUGAGAUAGAUAUCAUAUAAGAGUGAGCAAAAGAAAAUAGCCAUGGCCUCUUACAACACUCACUACAAUUUAAAUAGUUGUUUUUGGUGACUAAAUUACUCCCUUUUUAUAUACUGUUACUGUACCCCCAGAUCCAUAUGUUGAAGCCCUAACCCCCAGUGUCUCAUAAUGUGACUGUAUUUGGAGAUGGGGCCUUCAAAGAGUAAUUAAGUUAAAAUGAGGACAUUAGGUGGGCCCUAAUCAGUCUGACUGGUGUCCUUAUAAGAAGGGAUUAGGAUACCAGGGAUACAGAUACAGAGAGGAAAGGCCAUGUGAAGAGACAGCAGGAGGGUGGCCUCAGAGGAACCCAACCCUGCCUGCCCCUUGAUCUUGGACUUCUAACCUCCGUAACUGUGAGAAAAUAGAUUUCUGGUUUUUAAGCCAGCCAGUCUGUGGCAUGUUUUUUUGGCAGCCCUAGCAAAUUAAUAUACAUACUAUUAUUCAUUUUCACUGGAUUACUUCAUAAGUUUGAGUAUACAAACUAUAAAUACUACACAAUCUAACAAUAUGAUUGGAGGCUUGUUGUACUAUGCACCAUUUCUACCUAUAUGGCAUUUCCUAAUUCACCUGUGGUAGAAUAGUAAGAAAUAAUUUUCAUUAGGAUUUUACAG